UGAAGUCACUCACUUUACCGAAUCAAAAACGAUGUCGUUUGGUUUUCCGUGGUACCUCUAAGUCUGUGGUCUUAUUGGGAUUUAUUAUGUAUUAAAAUUAAAAUAACAUGUUUGUGUGGUUGCAUACAUAAUUAAAUCAACUAGCAAAUUAAAUAAUCAAGAACAAGCAAUGUCUUUAUUCCGUAAGCCGAAAAAGGUCCAUCAGAGGCGUAUGUUUACUGCCGAUGAUGAUGAUGACGACAGGGAUCCAGAACCGCCACCGCCUCCAGUGAUCAGUCACAAGAAAGAGAACAAGCCAAUCAAGCCUCCUAAAAAUACUGCUCUUUUGAGUUUCGCUGAUGAAGAGGAAGACGGCGAGGAGUUCAAAGUGAAGAAGUCUUCGCAGAGCAAGCGGCUGGCCAAGCGACGGGAGAAGGAGAGGCGGCGGCCCCCAGACGGUGAUAGUAAUAAAUAUGACAAUAACGGGGAAGAGGAAAAACCCAACAACACCGAAAAUGAUAAACCGAAGCCCAAAAAGAAAGUGACAUUAGAGGGGCUGAUACUCUCCGGUCGGGAGGCGUUAGCAGCUGACGGGACGGGGGAUAUCUCCGGAGACAGUGGGAACGAGGAGGAGGAGGAAGACAGUAGGGGAUUCCACCAGUACCGCGCGGAGUCUGUGCGCGCGGCGCUCGCAGUGGCGCCCGGGCACAUUCCGGACGCGGCGCUGAUCCACGCGGCUCGCAAGACGCGACAGCAGGCCCGCGAGCUGGGGGACUUCGUGCCGAUACAGGCGGAGGCGGCGGGCGGCGGCUCGCGGCUGGUGCGCGAGGACGGCUCCGGCGACGACGAGGAGGAGGGCCGGCUGGUCGUCAGGGGCCUGGACCUGCCCAGCGACAAGCCCAAACGUGGAACAGCUGCAGCUUCAGAGGAGGAGCUGGACAGCGAGGCUGAAGAAUGGGUGGAACAACAGAUGCAGAAAGCUAGGCCUGCUAUAGCUGAUAUUACAGGCGAGGGCGCCGCGGAACUGAACCCGUUCGCGGUGGCGCCGCCCCCGCCGCGGCUGCAGCCCGCGCCGGCGCACCUGCGGCCGCUCGCGGGGCCCGCCAGCCAGAACCCCACCACCGCCAGCGAACUUGUGCUAGCUUUGAGAGAAAGACUUCAAGAACAACAACAAGAGCGUGAGAAAACCGCCGCCCGCUUGGAAGAGAUGCGUUUGCGCAUUCUGAACGCCGCUCGAGCACGAGAGACGUGCGCCGCGCGCACUUCUGCGUUAGACGCCGCGUACAAACGGGCGCAGGCCGCCAGGGGGUACAUCACCGAUCUGAUCGAGUGUCUGGACGAGAAGAUGCCGCAGCUGGAGGCGCUUGAAGCCCGAGCACUGGCGAUGCACAGGCGCCGCUGCGACUUUCUGAUGGAGCGGCGGAGGGCCGACGUCAGGGAUCAGGCGCAAGAUGUGCUCGCGCUCGCUGCUCGUCCCGGCGCCGCCAAGCCCGUAGACUCAGAAGAGAAGAUUCGUCGUGCGGCAGAGAGAGAGGGAAGACGGCGCGCGCGCAGGCUGAAGCGAGACGCCGCCGCCGCCAGCGCGGGCGCGGCGCUGCCGCACCGCGACGGGGACUCCAGCGACGACGAGCUGCCGCCCGACGAGAUGCUGAUCUACAGCCAGGAGAGAGACACGAUCCGCCAACUGUCAUCGUCGGUGUUCGCGGACGCGCUGCCCGCGUGGCGCGGCGUGCGCGGCGUGUGCGGGCGGCUGGCGCGCUGGCGGCGGGACCCGGGGCUCUACAGCGACGCGUACGUCGCCCACUGCCUGCCGAAGCUGCUGGCGCCCUACGUCAGGCACCAGCUAAUAUUAUGGAAUCCGCUUGCAGACGAAGACAAUGAGGACUAUGAAAGAAUGGACUGGUACAAAUGCGUAAUGAUGUAUGGCGUUAAACCGGAAACGUUGUCAAGCGAAUCGGAACAAGAGGACGAGGUGGAAGAACCUGUUUCUGUGACCGAGAAGUCCGUGAGGGAAGAUCCUGAUCUGAUGCUGGUUCCCGCUCUCGUAAGCAGAGUGGUUAUACCUAAGUUGACAGAGCUGGUGGAGCACGCGUGGGAUCCGCUGUGCGUGCGCGCGUGCGUGCGGCUGCGGCAGCUGCUGCUGCGGCUGGCGGCCGGCCCGGGCGCGCGCGCCGCUCUCAGCGCGCUGGCCGCCGCCGCGCACGCGCGCCUGGCCGCUGCGCGCGCGCAGGACGUGUUCCUGCCCGCGCUGCCGCCGCAGAUAAUGGAGGGCCCGGGCGGCCCGUUCUGGCGGCGCUGCCUGGGCAGCGGCGCGCGGCUGCUGCGGGCCGCGCUGGCGCUGGCCGCGCCGCCGCGCCUGCUGCGCGCCGACCCGCUCGUGCUCGGCCUCAUCGAGACGCUGAGCUGCGCGGCGGGCGCGGCGCCCGGCCCGCAGUGCGCGGCGGCGGCGGCGGCCUUGUCGGCCACACUGCCCCGCAGCGGGGAACUCAGAGCCAAAGCGUUGCAGAGAUUGGCCGCGUUGGCCAAACUGGCUCUGUCGAGGUUGCAGUCUGAUAAUCCGAUGCAUUUAAAAGCACUGGAACAGGCUAGAGCGGUGAUAGCGGAAGCCAAGGCGAUGGAAUGACCCAAAAUGCGACCCUCCGAUUCCAAACAACACUCGUUCUUAUUCCACGUUGCACGAACACGGAGCAAAGUCCCGAAUAGAUUUCUUUAAUCCUUAACUUUUUUUGAUAUAUUCCCACGUUAAAAAUUGCGUAUAUUAAUUAUCUGUAUCUUCGACAUUUCUACUUAAUAAGUGCACUAUAAAGUUCAGUAUAGUAAUAUAGUGUUGUGAAGAGCUAUUUUUUUAGAAUAACUAAUUGGAUGUCGUAAAAGGCGACUAAGCGAAUGGCUAAUAAACUUGGGAUUCUUCUUGUAGGCGAUCGGCUAGCAACCUGUCACUAUUUGAAUUUUAACUUCCAUCAGUAAACCAUACAGCUGAAAGUGGCCUUUCAGUCUUUUCAAGACUGUUGGCUUUGUCGACCCCGCAAGGGAUACAGACGUGAUUAUUUGUAUGCAUGUAACUACGUGAUAUAUUAUUAUGUUAGGUCCGCUAAAAGUAUAUAUACAUUGGGAGUACAUAGAUCAUGCUUACAUCGAAAAAUGUAACUGUCGGCCAACUAUACUUACUCUUAUCCUUAUGAACGGGAUAGUGAUAAAAAUUAUAUUCGGCUUUAAAAAAUUCGAACAUAAUAAUGGACGUAUUUCAAUGGAAAAUUCAAAUUUGUGGACCUUGAAUUUCAUGAUACAGGAAUAUACACAUUAGUUAUAAUCGAACAUUUGAAUACAUGGUUAUUUAAUUGUAUAUAUAAGUAACAUGAAUGAAUUAAAUUUGUUUGAAUAUG